AGUUACAUUAAUUUAAUUUCAACGGAAGGCAGUCAAUGCGUCCAAGGAAAGGCUUGGUCUGCAAUCUGUCUGAAUAAAAUAUUCACUUUUAGCACCAUAGACAUUCAAACACGAAUGUGUGUUUGAUAUACGGAUAAUCUGUUUUAAUGUAAAGACGAGCGCACAAUCCAAGGCAGAAAGGGAGCCUUGUUCUUGAAUCUGACAGUGGCAAGUGGAACAACCGAAAUGGGACUGCAGACUGAGACUACACCAGCAUAGAACAAGCAUCGACGUAACACAUUUCAAGUUUUGGAUGAAUGCUUUAACUUAUGGAUAUUAACUGUUUGGUUGAGUUCAGACGAAGAAGUGUUUCAUGCUGUUCUACUGACACUUCCUGUCAAUUUACCAGUUUUUCAGCUGAAAACAUGGCUAGAUAACUAUUUUAAGAUUUAACAAAUAUUGUUAGCGAGCGGCUAGUUGGUUAGCUAGGCUAAGUACACCAUUGAAGAGGGUUGGGAUUUCAGGCUAAAUUUGGACUGAAGCUAAUCCAGGCUGGUUACAUUGAACAGCUUGUUAGCCAUCCACUGCAUUUUAUGCAACUAGCUAGCAAGCAAUUCCGGAUGUAUGAGGUGACUUAUUAUAGUGAUUGACUGUGUGUUAGGAGAAGUUGCACAUCGAAACUUUUGUCGUCUGCCAGCAGAGUUGUGGAAACAAUGUUUCACUGACCUCGCUAAAUUAGCCGCUGCUUGCUACCAAACGAGACCUCAACCCUGCUAUCCUCAACCAGGCAAUGGAAUUCCAAAUGAGUAAUUUCGGGUGUUGCCCUCCAUAAUUUGAAGAGCAGGGGAACCGGUUCUAUAAACAUAGAACGGCAUCUCCCGUACCACUACACAUGGGAAAGGACUGAGAUUAAAAGGAAUCAGAUUUGAUGUUUUCAAACAUGGGGUCGUUGAAAGCGCUGCAAGAAUGGUGUCGGAUACAAUGCGAAAAUUACAACGAUGUAGACAUCAAGAACAUGUCCACGUCGUUCCGGGAUGGCUUGGCGUUUUGUGCCAUAAUCCACCGAUAUAGGCCGGAUUUGAUAGACUUUGACUCCCUCUCCAAAGAGAACGUCUACGAAAACAACCGCCUGGCGUUUGAGAUAGCUGAGUCUGAGCUUGGCAUCCCUGCCCUGCUGGACCCGGAGGACAUGGUGUCCAUGAAAGUGCCUGACAGACUGAGCAUCAUCACCUACGUCUCCCAGUACUACAACUUCUUCACAAACAAGUCGCACGCCAAUCCCCCUUGCAUGAAGAGGCCAAGUGGUACAGGCCACAUUGAGCCCGCCCAGAAAAAACCCGUCACCCCUCUGGAGGACAAAGUGGUUGAGCCCAAGCUGAGUCUUUUUGGUCAGGCGGACGCGGACGGAGAGGGACAGGCGGGCACGAGGAGUAGCACCCUGAGCAGCACGUGCGCAGCGUGCCAGAGACACGUCCACCUGGUGCAGAGGUUCCUGGUUGACGGUAGGCUGUACCACCGCAACUGUUUCAGGUGCAGGGAGUGUAGCAGCACUCUGUUGCCUGGAUCCUACAAACCAGGAAGUGAGGUCGGUUCCCUGGUCUGCACGCACCAUUUCGCCAGGUCUGCCUUAGCUAGUCAGAACGGCCGUCCAGACCUCAGUAAGCAACCUUCAUCUGUCAGGAUUGGUCGACCCACUCCCCCUCGAUCUCCUCCACCUGGUCGGGACCAGGAAGCAGAGGCCCUGCCCCCGCGAGAGGCCCUGCCCCCGCGAGAGGCCCUGCCCCCGCGAGAGGCCCUGCCCCCGCGAGAGGCCCUGCCCCCGCGAGAGGCCCUGCCCCCGCGAGAGGCCCCAGCCCAAGGGGCCAUCAACAAUGAUUACUCAACCCACACCAAUGACUCUGACUCAACACGGUGUCUUACCUCCACGACAAAAGCAAAUUCUUUGGAAGCAGAGAAAGAGAGGGAUGAAAGAGAGGUCAAGCCUCCACCUUCAGCCUCCGCCCCUCCCAAUCCUUUUGAUGACAGUGAGGAAGAGGCAGAGGAGGGAAAGGGGGUGAAGACUCGGACACCAGUCAAAGAAGCAGCCAAUGGACUCCUCCCUCCUAUGCCUGUCAGUCGACCAGGAAUAGUGGACAACAGGCCAAUCCCGGCCCCUCGCCGUGUGUCGCAUCCCUCCCCUCCUCCUCGCCCCACCCCUAGGGCCCGCCCACUGCAGGUUGACAACCUGGUGGUCAAUGGUGAUGUUGCUGAACACCCGAGGUCUCUUCCUGUCGCCCCCCGACCUCGGGAAAGAUCCAACUCUCCAGGAAGCACCAGCCUAUCCAGUGACGUCCCAAAACCACCCAACCCGCCCUGGCUGGCCCUUGUCCAAUCCCAAGAGCCCAAGAAGAAACCUGCUCCUCCCCCUCCCCCUGGAGGGGCCACACCCCCCCGCACUGGUUCGCUAGCUUCCCUGAAAGCGGAGGGCUCUCCGGCUACACCCCCUGUGGUGCCUGCCAAUCCCUUCGACGACGGCGACGAAGCGGAGGAAGAGGCGGGGCCAGGGCAGGGGUCGGUUGCAGGUUUGGUUCCGCCCACUUUGGUGGUGAGCCAUCCCUGGUACAACAUCUCCCAGGCUGCGGACGCUUCCCCCGGACCAGACACCCCACCCAGUGGCUGUAGCUCCACCCGCUCCGCAAGCCCUGGGGGGUCCAAGGGCAAGAAACGCCCAGCGCCACCGAAACCCGUCCCAAAGUCCCCCAGGUCCAACUCAGCCCUUCCUCACUCCCAGCCCUCCUCUUCCUCUCCCUCACCAGCUAUUAGUAUAGAGAGCCUAUCCUCUGCCUCCGACCAUAGCUCCUCCCAUCCGGCUUCCCUGGGGGGCGGGGCCAGCUGCGACCAGGACAACCCUGUCACUAAGAGCGUAUCGGAGCCCUCCAUCUGCGGGCCCUGUGGUGACCCCGCCCCCUCACCGUCCACCUCAGCUGACCACCUAUCCCAGGGCCUCUCCCCGCCCCCCCUGUCGGCCAAUACCAGCUCGGCCCCGGCCACUCCGCAGGUCAACCGGAGCGCUAGGCCCCCGCCCCCGAGGCCCCCGGUCACACCCAGCCCACUGGCGUCCUCUACCACUGUCCCCGUUCCACCCCCCAAGCGGACGUGUAAGGAGAAUCCCUUCAACAGGAAAGCGUCGCCGUCCCCAGGGGCCACUCCUAAAAGCCGGCCCCCUCGAGGCCCUCGGCCAGCCCGGCCCCCUGCCCCCGGCCAUGGCUUCCCCCUCAUCAAACGCAAGGUGCAGUCGGACCAGUUCAUCCCCGUGGAGGACAUCCACGGAGAGAUGACCGACUUGGAGAGAAGGCUGGACGAGCUGGAGCAGCGAGGGGUGGAGCUGGAGAGGAAACUCCGAGACAACCCCAGCGGUGAGGAGGAGGAGACUCUGCUCAUAGACUGGUUCACUCUGAUCCAUGAAAAACACCUCCUGGUUCGCCGCGAGGCAGAACUGGUCUACACGGCCAAACAGCAGAACCUGGAGGAAAGGCAGGCAGAUGUGGAGUAUGAACUGAGGUGCUUACUUAACAAGCCAGAGAAAGACUGGAGUGAGGAGGACAAGGGCAGGGAACAGGAGCUGAUGAAGGAGUUGGUCACCGUCAUCGAACAGCGGAACCAAAUCAUCAACAGCAUGGAUCAGGACAGGCAGAGGGAAGAGGAAGAGGAUAUGCUGGUGGCGACCAUGUUGAAGAAAAAAGAUUUCCAGAAGGAGUCAGCAGCAGAGGGCGAACAGCAGCCACAGCAGAAGAAGAAAGAAAAGAAGUUCAAGCCCAUGAAAGUUCUCAAGAGGUUGAGUGUGAACCAAGGCAAGGGCGGGAGCCCCCACAAGGACAAGCCGGAGAAGGACAAGAGCUGAGCGAGGUUCGGAGAAACCCGGUGUCCGUGCCGCCCUUCACCGAGGGACACACUGGGCUAAACCGCUGAGGUGACGAUGGAGAAGAGAGGGGAAAAAAAGAAGUCGGUCGCGGGAGAGAGAAAAUAAACCAACCCCCAGGCGUCACCGCUGUGUUAAGGCUGUAAGCUGUAAUACCCUGCCCCUCUGCUUCUACUGUAGCGGGCCGUUCUGGUCCAUCCUCUGCCCUUCACACUCCGAUGUGUCCUGGACUGGUUUCACUUGCCUUUGCGUGAACGUCUGAAGUGGGAAACCGCUCAAGUGCUUUAAGAUGAAGGGGAUUGGAGAUCUCAAAGACUGAGUUCAGGCACAGGUGUUUUGACUGUAACAUGCUUCUGUCCCCUUUAAACCGUUCCCGUUUGCACAUUGUACGACCAGGCCUUUUUAAAUGGGGUUUUGACAAAGAUGUAAGUGUGAGAACACUCCCUGGAUUUCAGAACGUUUGACGUUCAAGGUAUUCUUUUAAUUCCUAAUGGGUGUUGCGUACUAUGGCUGUUUACAUAGGCAGUCCUAUUCUCAUCACAUCCAUUUUCAGAACUGGGCUUAGUGGUCAAAAGAUUAAUGAAAAAUGGAGGUCUGAAUUGGGCUGCCUCUGUAAACUUAACCUUAAAGUUGUACUUCUCAGAGUUGGAGUUGUCUGGUUUGAGUCUGUGGUACUUCUGGAAUAUUCUCUUUUUAAACGGUUGUCGGUAGUAAAUACUGUACAUGUUAUGAUGACGGAGCAUUUAAAAUGCAAAUACUUACAAUAGCUUGUGGUGAGGGGAUGUUUUUUUUU